AUGUAUGGAAUUCGAUUAAUGCAACCGAAUGCCGAGAGGAAUGAAUCCAAAGCUUCAUCCCGAACACGAAAAUUGGAAAAACUCCUUGCUGAACCACCAAGACAUGACUCGAUUCAACACGAUACGAAUGAACAUACAUGCGAAUUGAACGACGAAAGAAUUCUUUCAUUAAUUGAAUUUAAAAUUGAAAUUUGUGCUUUGAGUCAGCAAUUACUAGAAAUUCAACCAUGUAAUCUAGAGGGUACUAAUGAAUCCGAUCAUGAUGAAACUCGUGUCAUUCAUGAUCGAAUUAAAUAUUACACUGAAAAAUUUGAAAAAUUAAAACAAGCCUUGUUGGACUCGCUUCAUUUACCCAACACUAUUUCAGAAAAAACAAAUUCCAAUAACGAUGAAGAAUCCGCACCUUCAUCCUUUCAAAAAGAUGAAAAUCUUGAACUAGUUGUUGAGAAAAUUACAAAAACAAACGAUCGUCAUGUACUGAGAUUUUGGUUGAAGAAAAAGAUUAUUCCUUUAAAGUAG